GCAAUGCGCGAAAGGUAGAUCCAACACUUAGCCGCUGGCUGCGAAACAGUUUCGACCAAUUUAGGAAAAUUUUCAGUUGACUUAGUACCACUAAUCAAGUCAGCAAAUCCACAAGAUCUUUUAGGGGUCAAGUUCGCAGAAAUAAUCCUAGGACGCUUAGAGCUACGACUAGCCGAUGAAAUCGCAGAUUUUACCUAAAACAGAGAAAUUAUCUAAGCUUUUUUUCAAACUCAUUUCCCUUCAUUUUACCUUUUUCUUACGUAUCUGAUCACUAAUCCAGUAAACCGUGAGUCGAAACAGCCUGCUUGUAGCGAAGAUGUCGCGUUGCAUAGGCUGUCAUUCCAACAGCAUAGCAAAAUAGCAGACAGCCCGGGUAGGCCUUGCUAUAGGUAUACAAACAACCUUCCUUCGUGCAUGUAUUCGUUACGGUUACUAACGUGCGUAUCGGUAUAAAGGCAGAUUUGGUCAUCAGUAUGAAAUCAGCUGUGAUGACAAGACUGUACUUUUUAAAAGAUUGAAAAACAAUUGUGACAAAGUUACCGAUUCAGAAUCAAGCGAAUGUCACUAGCCACUAGUUGCAUUUCGAAUGUGAGACGAUAAACAAAGUUCAAGCGCAGUUGAGUAACACGAAAAGUUCUACACAUUCUCGUCCAUCAACUUUCAGAUCGUUUAUAAGAUGACCGAUAGAGACGAAGCGCGGAGUAGUUCCGGACGUUACGAAGUUUGCGAUGAGGUGGAAAUUAGCACGACUGACUUGCUGCCCCCCAGAAUGGAUGAAAAUCCGGAAAAUAAAAGUGAAUCAAGCAACGAUAAACCUUCGCUCGCGUCAGUUUCGAUUGAUAAACAUGCAGUUAGAUUAAUAGAAGAAUGUGGAGUACAAAUUCAGUGCCUUGAUAUAGUCGGAAUAUUCCGAGAUUACAGUAGUGGAGAGUACAUCAAGAAGAAAUUCCCAAUGAAAAAGAAAAUCGAUCAAUUAACUUUCUCCGCCCGACUUUGCCAUGCAGAUUUUAAUUUUAAAUUACACAACGAAGGCUGCCUGAUGACGGCGGAUGAUAAUUUUGUGGCCAAAGUACGAAUUGAUAAUCCACAGCCGAUCACGCAAGCUGUCGAUUUUGAUGAAGCAAAAACAAAUCUGCUUCAACAGCUACGAAUUUCCAAAGUACUACAGGAUGAUUUGACGACUGAACGAGAGGCAGUGCAGUCUUCAAUAGUGGAGAAAAUUCAAAAUGUCUUACAACAAACGUUUGAGGGCGCAAACAGUGCUGAGAACAUUCAAUUGUGUUAUUUAAUAAGCCAGCAUUCGGAUAGUUUGGACUUCCGCCAAUUGUGCGAAGCAAUAAAUGCAAACAGAUUAAUCAGAGCAGAAUUACGUUCAAUGGCAUCGUCAUUUUUGGAACUAGAAACUCGUGGUAAUGUUAGAGAUAAGAAUUUAGCUCAGUUUGAUCAUCAGUCGACAACACCUAGGGCAGAAAUAAUCGCUCAAUUACAACAGAUUCUAGAUAGAAACCUUUCAUCCCACAGGGAACAACUUUUGAAAAUAGCGCCGAUCUGUUUAGAAAACUUUCUCAGCAAUUGCAGCAGCGAUCGAAUGAUUUUCGUUCAUAAAAACGAUGUCGCUUUAUUCUCUGAUUUGACAAAAGAUUUGAGUGAAAACAUAUUUCAGAAACCGUUGGCUGACCUUGCCGUUCGUUGGACUAACUGUGUGGAAAAGUUAACAGUAUCAAAGCAGCUUCCAGUUAAUGGAUUAAUCAGUACGAGCUUUUAUCUUUUGGCAAAAAGUUUGCAAGAAUUAGUUGUUGAAAUCAGUGGCAGAACAGACCACAAAGCGGAAGAUCUUCUCACUAGUGACAGUUGUGGAUGGCAUGCGAUCGAAAAAAUUACUUGGAAGUCUGAGGAUUUGAUUACGAAGUGUUUGGAGCAGGAAUAUUUCAUUAUCAUUAAGCUCCUGAAGCAUUUUGAUCUGAAUUGCGAUAGUGAGAAGCGACGUUUCAAGAACACAGCCGAGUUUUUCCAAGAACGAAAACAUCAUUCAACAUGGAAGCAACUGGUCAGACUUUCCAAACCAAUUUCAAGUGAAGGAAAUUCACUGAACAUAGUUGACGAGAAGUACAUUUGGCACUAUCUGCUUGGCGACGUUCUUUAUCAUAGUCUACCAGCGGAACAAGAAUGUAGUUGUUUCGAAGCCAUUUUCGAGAGUUACAUGGAUUUUAUGUUUGAAGCUGGUCCCGAUCAGAUGGAAAUGCUUCGUGUUAUUACUCACAGUAUAGCUCGUUUUAUAGUACAAACUAUGAACUUUUUGGUACAGAAAGAUUGCUCCACAAUUGACCACCAGAUUUUACAAAAACAGCUUAACAUAAUCAAUCUUGAAUUCAUUCAAUCCUCGUUCACUCCAAGCUAUUUCCGAGGUUUGGUAAACGCGUUCAAUUUGUAUUGGAAACAUAGAGAUAAUAUUAUAGCCGCAAUUCCUUCCAAAAUCUGUCUCCCGGAGAUGGAAUCACUGAAAAAGAUCCUGCUGGAUAUCGUUUUUGAUGCUUUGAGUAAAUCUAUCAGUAUAGAAAUUUUACAAUGCUUCUUUAAAUCGUACUGUGAACUGUUGAGAGACUUAAAUAAAGUUGAAUUCGUUUGGUAUAUCAAAGCUUUUCCCGGCGUCAGUAUGAAAACGUUUGAGGAUUUCAAAACGAUUGAACUAGUUGAUAACGAAUGGACCCAAACAGAGCAUAAAAGUUAUCGAGUUAUAGCGGUGGAAAAGUUCAUCAAAACAGCAUCACUCUUUCUCGAAAGUUCUUCACUCCCAAAGCAUUAUGUUAUUGAAUAUUUACUACGAAUGGUGUCGUACAUUAAAAAUCAGCUAACGAAAGACCAGUGGAAAUCAGGUAGCAAACUGUCGGAAACGGAGCAAAUCUGUACAACUAAAGAACUUCUUGAAGCCCUAAGAAAAUCGUUCUUGAAUCUCAAGGAACAAGCUGAUUAUAAAUCGUUUCAAUUGUUUCUGGAUGAACGGAUUAAACCUUUCGAAAAUGCCGUUGAUAACAGCUAUUCUCAUGCAGAUUUCACAAAUCGAAUCCGUCAAAUUGAGAACCAAUACACGAGAUUUAUUCGAAAACAAAACCAUAUGAAAAUUGACGAAGCGUUGAAAUUGUUCGAAGAAUUGAACAGCGCAUCCGAAAUAGAAGUUCUACGCUCUGCUUACCAGAUUUAUAAAGAAACUUUCUAUCAGUUUCUUGUGGAUUCGCAUAAUGUUUCAGAAUAUAUUAAGGAAGCAUCACGAGCUGCUAACAAAGUUUUAGAAAUGAAGUUCCAGAAGUCAUUUGAAACUUGGAACAACAAUGACAAAAGAGAAAAAAUACCAAAACUCCUAGCAGGGUUGGCAGUUGUUUGGUCUAUUCUGGAAUCGAAGGAUGUUUCAACCACUGGAAAAUUUCUUACUCCUCGUUGUACUCAGAUUCUCUGCAUACUCAGACUGCUGAGCGUGGAUCAAGCGACUGAAGGUGUUCUAAAUCAUCUGGCACAAGUUCUAAGUGGACAAGGAAAAUCACUAGUCCUAGCUUUGACAGCUGCUCUGUUGGCGUUGACAGGUCAUGACCCUCGGAUAGCCUGCGGAAAUGAAUUUCUGGUAUCGAGGAAUGAACAAAACUUCCAGCAGUUCUUCUCCAUGUUUAAUGUUGAAAACUCCAUUGUUUAUGGUACAAUACGAACAAUUGCCGAUGAUGUAGUUGAUCGUACGGAACUGGGAAAUUUGUUUACGCGAAUGCUGUUGGCUAAAAAAGAGCAAAUUCGAAAAAACUCGUUUUUUAAAGAUAUGCGUAACAUAGUUCUUCUAAUAGAUGAAGUAAAUUUGUUUGGGGACCCAUCUUAUUAUGUCGAAGUGGUGUCCAUGUUACCGGGAUUGGAUUUAAUACAGGAGAAAAUAUGGGAGAUCGUAUCUUCACAAAAAGGCAACAGCACAGUCGAUAACGUCCUAAGAGCCAUUUAUUCUUUCAUCGAUUCAAAGGAAAUGAUAAAAGAGAAGGAAUUCCACGCCUUCAUUGCCAACGACACCCAGUUUGAUCUCUUGACGAAUUAUUUGAGCUUACAAUUUGUAAACUACACCAACAAAAAAUUGUUCAACCAACAGCUAAAGGCAAUGGUCGAAUAUGCUAUUCAGGUUUACAAGAAGCCAAUGGUUGAUUUAUUUGAGCUCAGCCCAAAAGGUACCAUACUUGUCAAAUAUGAAAAUAAGUACAUAAACGAAAAGUAUCUGCAAUAUUACAACAUAUUCAACUACUUCCACCAGUGUAAAAUUAAUUACAAGACUAAAGUAGAAAACGAAGUAAACUACGGGUAUUUCCUUCUGCCAGCCGGCUCGAUUUCCCGCGCAGUACUAUUGAGAAAGUAUUCGUUAAUUCUUGGUGUUUCCAGCAUAAUGUCACCCACAAAAGAAAUAGUUGAAGAUCAUUUUAACAUUAACCAAACGUCGAUUAUACCGGCGCAUUCCGGAGUUUCCAAGCUUCGCUUUCACCCGUCACGUGAUUUUCGUGUGUUAGCCGACGAUUCGCAAUGGUGGGCUGAAAUCUUCAAUCGCGUCCAAACCGUAAUAGCAGAAAACCGAUCCGUGCUUGUCUGUUAUACCAACUAUGUUCUACUGGAUUUUUUUCAGAAAAAAUAUUUCGGUAAAUUGAGUAAUUUCAACGUGUUGAUAGGGGAUACCGAAUGGGAAUUGAGAAAUCGUUACAUCAAUGAAGUGGGUGUAGCUGGAACCAUUACUUUAACAACUCGCGAUAUGGUACGAGGAAUUGACUUCAAAUCCAGUGACGAAGUCGAAAAGAACGGAGGCCUGCAUGUCAUACAAACAUUUUUCUCGUGUGAUCCUCAUGAAGAAGUACUAAUCUACGAGUUGAUUGUUUGUCGAAUGCAUCUGGAUUAUAACAGUUUGAACAGUAAUGAUGUGACUUAUACGAGUUUAGAUGCGCUGAGGCAGGAUUUUGACUCUAAACAACAUAAAGUUUUCUCGAAAUUUUCAGUCGAUGCUCGGGUUGAUCAUGAAACGACCAUAAAUUAUUUGAAUGCACUCUAAAAACAAUCAGGCAAUUAGUGUAAUAUUUAACAGAGUAAAGAAAUUGAGAAAUGAAUAGUUUGUGAAUACUAAUAUAUUUCCAUUUUUAUGGAUCAUAAAAUCA